AUGGAAACCAUCCUGUCCCAGACCCGUCCUGAAGACAAUUCCCUCCUCGCACCGGUCCAUGUUGCAGAAGACCCAAACGCCGUGUUGAAGUCAGAUCAUCCUUCUGCAGAUAUCCUUGCCCAGCCGGGAAUUGUUGUCCAGAGGCAGAUUGAGAUGAUGAAUCUAUUCUUAGGUUUCGAACAAGCCAAUCGAUAUGUCAUACUAGAUCCUAACGGCGCUCAUAUUGGCUACAUGGCAGAACAUGAUGGCGGGCUAGGAAAAGCUAUGGCAAGACAGUGGCUGCGAACACAUCGUCCUUUCACGACACAUGUCUUCGACAAGCAUGGAAGGGAGGUAUUGCGGUUUCACCGGCCAUUCUCUUGGUUUGUCAGCCGUAUCCGCGUAUAUGAUCCUCUCACGGCGCAGGUUACCUCCGAACGGUCGUCGCCCGCGCCACAAGAUCCGUCAGUUCCAGAUACCAUGAGCAGUCUUCAACAGAUCUCGCACGUCCCCAUCGAGAGCAUGCGAGUGAUUGGAGAGGCUGUGUCGGAAUGGGCCCCUUUACGUCGUAAGUACAAUCUAUUCGUGCAUCCCAGGAAUGCUGCUGGUCCUGAAGCCGCAGCCCCUCGUCAAUUUGCUGCUGUCAACGAGCCCUUCCUAUCCUGGGAUUUUUCGCUUAUCGACCCAAAUUCUCGCCUGAUUGGCUCCGUGAACCGAUCAUUCCGCGGGCUUGGCCGAGAGAUCUUUACAGACACUGGGAGUUAUGUAAUCCGCAUGGAUGCUGCCGGGUCAGAAACGGAUACACAGCAGGACGAUGUGGGAGAUCAGUCCGGGAACGAGCCCCAGGCGUAUUCUGAAGCAUUGGGAAGCAAGAACGGCAUGGCUGGUAUGAGUCUUGAUGAAAGAGCCUGUGUCCUGGCUACCGCCGUGACUCUGGACUAUGACUACUUCUCGCGUCACAGUUCAUUUGGGGGUUCUGGUGGCUUUCUUCCUUUAUGGAUGGGAGGCGGAGAAGCUGCUGGCGGUGCUGCAGGUGGUGCUGCAGGCGCUGGUGAAGCUGCUGGGGGCGCAGUGGUUGGUGGAGCUGGGCGGGCGGUUGGCGUAGGCGCAGCCCCUGGCGGCAUAGGUGAAAGUGCAGCAGUCGGUGCCGGUACGAUGGCAGGAUACGAGGCCAUGCAAAGGGGGUUAGGAAGAGAUUCACAGCCUGAUUCGGACCCUGCAAGCCCUCCAGGGGAACCUCAAGGCGGACCUUACAAUUCCCAGUCUCCACAAAGCCAGCCUGAGGCUGAGCACCAGGCAUCCAGCCAGCCCUUCGAUUCACCAUCUCAUCAAGGCGAGCCUGGUCAUGAAAACCACGCAGACGACGUCUGGGGUCAGGGCUCAGAUCCUUGGAGUGACGGAGCUGGGCAGGGACCAGCGACCGGAGGCAAUGAGGGAGGUUUCUUCUCGUCCUUGUGGGAUUCCUUCUUUGGCGAUUGA